AUGCCCCCCACACAUCUCCACACCCCGUUCUCAAUGACGACACUCCCCAUGCAUCCCCACACCCCCGUUCUCGACGACGACACACCCCAUGCAUCUCCACACACCCCGUUCUCGACGUCGCCAACGAUGAUGCACGCCCGCACCCCAUUCUCGACGACGCCCCCCACGCACGCCCGCACCCUUACACCUCACCCCUACCCCCUGUCUACCCCUGGCCCCUGGUCAUCAACAUGUACCCCUGAUCCCCCCCUUGGCCCCCAUCCACAGGGCUUCUACCAAGCCCAGGUCCACCAGGCCAUGCAGCAUGAGCUCAUUGUGGACAUCCCUGUAACCAAGAAGAAACAAACCAAGGCUAAGAAGAACAAGAAUAUCACCUCUGCCAACCGUGAUGCAGCUGAUGAAGAAGCUAAUGAGACUAUGGUAGAGAAUUUGACUGUUACUGCUAGGACGCUUCAGGAGAGUGGUGCUCCACUUGCACCACCUGCUCGUCGAGUUGGGACUGGAGUCACCUUGGCUCCAAUCACUCCGAGUAUCACCACGUCUCGCAUCAGGCGUGAAGAGCCAGAGGACAUACCCCAGAUCGCCAGCAAAGAUAAAGGCAAAGGUAGAGACCUCACUAACUUGGGCUCAUCAGACACAGAGGAGAUAGAUGAAGGAGAAGACGACGAGGCUGAGAAGUCUGAUGAAGAGGGCGACAAGGAGAAAGAUGCUGAUGCUGGUAGCAAUGGCGAUGAAGAUGGUGAGCCGAAGAAGACUGACGAUGAGGACGACGAUGAGGACGAUUCCGCUGAGGUGCCCAUGCAUGCUGACUUGUCAGACAACAACGACGACACCAUGGAGGUUGCCCCCACCACUCCCAAGCGCCCUGCCACCCCCGCCAAACCCACCACCGCUUCCAAGCGCAGGGCCAGCACUUCGCCCACCACCACUCGUCAGAUGGGUAAGGGUUUGCGCAAGGGCAUCACCCAUGCCAGUGGUUCUUCCCGUCGAGCUUCUCCCUCUCCCACGUCUGACGAUCUUGAGGAUUUGCAAGGCGCAUCCCGCACCAUGGGUGGUGUCGCUAGAGGCAAGGCCAUGGGUAUUGCCCUCAACAUGGCUGACUUUGACACCAACAUGGAGUCUGAUGCCCCGCCUGUCAUGGGCAUGGUUCAUGUCUUCAAGAAUGGGGCAUCGCCUCUGGAGGGUCCCACACCUCUUGCGGUGAAAGUCCCCAUCAAGAACACUCUGGGGCCUGUCCUCACUGCUGCUGCCAAGAAGAUGGUGGCCCUUAUUAGCUCUGACAUCCUUCUCUGGGAUGCUAAGACCCUCAUGUGGGAAGUAAAGGGCCCCUACGCCAUUGCUGUCGACGACAAUGAAGCUGCCAUUUGGGAUGAUGAGAAUAUACUCAGAAUUGGAAUUCAACCAUCUGAGGUUAACCUCUCCUACCUUCUGCCUCCCUCCCCCUCCAUCAACUCCACUUCUGCUUCCUCAGCAGUCUCCUCCAUCGCGCCCUCCGCUUCCAUCUCCGUUGCUGGCACCUCCACCACUCCCGUCAACAGCCUCAUCACCGCCUUCCCCAACGACCCUCUUCUUCUACGAAUUGCUACUCGUAUGGAGGUGCCACUCCAUAUGACCAACAGCGGCAAGGGUAAUGGUGGUCUGGUCAACAUGUAUGCCCGCUAUCAGCUUGCUGUAGGCGCCAUGGCCAAGUGGAACAGGCUCACCACUCCAUGGGAUGGAGCUCCUGUUGAGGAGGCUGUCCUUCGCUCCAUUUUCAUCAAGAGGACAAACUUCGGCACCUAUGGAGCCCUCUUCAAACGCUGUCUCAAGUUCCCCAUGCUCAUGGACAUGUUGCAGAACCCCGACUACGACUUUACGUCUGAGGCUCAUACGAAGGUCUGGGGAGGUCGUGAAGUUGGCAGGAUGACUCUGGGGAAGGUUCUGGAUGAGUUGGAGGCAGAGCUUGCAGCAGAGGAGGCAAAAGUCGUCGCUGAGAAGGCCAAGAAGGCCAAAGAGGCAAAGAAGAAGUGUGCAGCUAAGAAGGCUACAAAUUUCUGUUUACAGGGUCUUUGGAUGGUGCUAUCCGUCCUUUUCUUGCUAGGACUCCUUCCAUGUGCCACCGCAGCUCCUCUGGAGGACCCGUUUCCCGACAUCCGGUUUGCUGACUUUGCCAAAGUCAUCAAGCUGACCUUUGGUGAGAACAUCAGUCUGGCCACAGUCCUGAUGCUCCUCUUCAGCAUCACCACCAACACCGACAUUCUCAACUUGCAUGGCCAGCAGAGGGCUGUGAGUAGUAACAACCAGGUCGUCACUAGCUGGAUGGCAGCCUUUGUUUGUGCCAUCAAAGACAAGCUUCAGGUUGAUGUCUCUGACGUCCCUGGUGACUCUGAUGAUGAUGAUGCUGGUGCUGGCAAUGUCGAUUCAGACUCUGGGUCCUCUGAGGACAAUAUGGAUGCCUCUGACAAUAAUUCCAACUCUGGAUCUGAUAUCUCUUUCUGGCCAGCGACAACCACAAAUCGUGUUCUGCAAAGAGCCAGACCACCAUACUUGGUAGAAAAAUCGACUCUCUCUGCCACUCUCUGGAUCUCUCCACGCAUAACAAUAAAUGCCAGCUAUGUCGCAAACUCCUGUCCAUUUCCACUUCCUCCAUUUGGCCUAUCAUCAUCAUCACCCCUCCUGUCAUGGGCUGCUCUACUGCUGGCUGUCAUGGCCAUGGUCUCACUCAAUACCUCUGUGAACGUGAUAUCUCCAAAGUCACCUUGCUUCAUGGAAUGCUCCACCAUGUUCUGUGCAGACCAUGAGAGCUUCAUUGACGACAAUCGACAACUCGCACUCUAUCUUCCCAAUGCCAAGUACCUCAAAGUUGGCAAGCAGGUCUGGGUGGAUCGCAUUGUCUCCAAGGCUGUCAUGAAUGCCAACUACAGCUUCCAUGCUUCGACAGCAGCAAUAACAGAGUUCUGGAACUAUUCGUUUGUCCAGCCCAGUGGAGCUUCAUUCACUCUCACUCAUAGACAAGUCUGGAAAGCCUUUGUCUUGGAGUCCAUCCGCCUACUUGCAGGUUUCAGCAACUCGACCAUGAUCUUCAUGGACAAUCUGAAGAUCAGUGAGCUUGUGGCCGCUGCCUACUUGUACCUUGGAGAUGGGGGAAUCAUCCGCAGCGCAGUUGGCCAUUCAUGCGAUGAGUGCUGUCAUGCAUUCAAAGAUGUGGCUGACGUCAUUCCCAACCAGGAUGACAAUCCCGCUGCUCUUGCUGGUCAUGAUGAAAAUCGUGAUGUGCCUGAGUAUGCAGGGCCUGCUGUGGCAGCAGCUGUUGCAGAUGCUGUUGAAGUGAUGUGCACACUUGUUGUACAAAUGUAUAACAAAGUUGCGCUAUACCAAGCGCCUGGUUCCCACGCAUUGGGGACCACCCAUAGACACUGCCAACACCCAUGGGAACGACCUAGGUCAUCAUGGGAUGACUGGUGUUGA